AUGCCGACAAAUAUAUCUAAUCUUUCAAAGGAUAUUAAAAAUCUAAGAAAGCACGACAAUGAAUUAGCAUCAAAUAAUUUAAUAAUACAAUACAAUUAUUCAUCGUUGAAAAGAAGUUACGAUAGACUGGAGGAAAGAAUCGAGGAGUUGGGAGAAAAACUUGAUGGAUUGGAGAAAAUU